UUGAAAGCGUGCAUGCCUGCCAUUUCCCAGCUUCCAAUUCUUUUCUCUUCUAUAGUCUUCUUCUUCCUCCCACCCCCACGUCCACCACUACCUCCUCCAGUCCUCUCCUCUCCCUCUCCACGGCGGCGCGCGUCGGACUGCACGUCCGCCCAUUCCGUUCCCCUCCCGCCCGGUGGAUGCGCCCGGGCUGGCCGCGGGCCCGUCCGAGCCUGCGGCGGCACCACCACAACCACCACCAGCGGCGGCGGCGGAGUGCGGCCACCCCGGCAUCCGCGGCGGCAGCGGGAAGCCAUCCAGCAGCCACGGCGAUGUGGGAGCGCAGAAGGUCGUAGCAAGUUGGUUUCCUUGAUUCGUGAAUCUUCGAUCAAGGAUGGAGCGCCGGGCUUUGCUCCUCGGGGUGGCCCUGGCCUUUCUGCUGGCCUCCCGCUCCCAGGGCUUGAACCAUGAAGGAUGGCUUCUCCUGGCGCUGAAGAGCCAGAUGGUCGACACCCUCCACCACCUGGAUAGCUGGGACGCGAGGGAUCCGACACCAUGCGCGUGGAGGGGCGUCAACUGCUCGUCGGCGCCAACUCCAGCGGUGGUGUCUCUAGACCUCAACAACAUGAACCUGUCGGGCACCGUCGCGCCUAGCAUUGGCGGCCUGGCUGAGCUGGCGCGGCUCGAUCUAUCCUUCAAUGGAUUCUAUGGUCCCAUCCCUGCACAGAUUGGGAAUUUGUCGAAUCUGGAGGUGCUUAACUUGUUCAACAACAACUUCAAUGGUAUAAUUCCCCCUGAGGUCGGGAAGCUAGCUAAGCUGGUCACGCUUAAUCUGUGCAACAACAAGCUCCAUGGUCCGAUACCUGAUGAGAUUGGUAACAUGGCAUCACUUCAGGACUUGGUAGGUUACAGUAAUAAUCUCACUGGUUCACUGCCUCAUUCACUCGGCAAGUUGAAGAACCUGAAAAAUAUUCGGUUAGGUCAGAAUCUUAUAUCAGGCAACAUUCCUGUUGAGAUAGGUGAAUGCCUGAACAUAACUGUAUUUGGUCUUGCACAGAACAAUUUGGAGGGUCCUUUACCUAAAGAGAUUGGUAGGUUGAGAUUGAUGACUGACUUAAUCCUAUGGGGGAACAAGCUUUCGGGUGUUAUUCCGCCUGAGAUAGGAAACUGUACAAGUCUUGGCACAAUUGCCCUCUAUGACAAUAAUCUAGUUGGUCCCAUACCUGCAACAAUUGGGAUCAUCACGAAUCUUCAGAAGCUAUACCUUUACAGGAACUCAUUAAAUGGUACAAUUCCAUCUGACAUUGGGAAUCUUUCUCUUGCACAAGAGAUUGACUUUUCAGAGAAUUUCUUAAUUGGAGGGAUACCGAAAGAGUUGGGCAACAUACCAGGCUUGUAUUUGCUCUACCUCUUCCAGAACCAGCUUACAGGCUCUAUUCCUACAGAGUUGUGUGGGCUGAGAAACUUGAGUAAACUUGAUCUAUCAAUCAAUUCACUCACUGGUCCGAUUCCAGCUGGAUUUCAGUACAUGAGAAAUCUAAUCCAAUUGCAACUUUUCAACAAUAAGCUCACAGGCAACAUACCUCCAAGGUUUGGCAUUUAUAGCCGACUUUGGGUGGUGGAUUUCUCAAACAACAGUAUUACCGGGCAGAUACCGAAAGAUCUUUGCAGGCAGUCAAACCUUAUUUUGUUGAAUUUGGGGUCUAACAUGCUUACAGGGAACAUUCCCCAUGGAAUCACAAACUGUAAACCAUUGGUGCAGCUUCGUCUUGGCAACAACAGUCUGACAGGAAGCUUCCCUACUGAUCUCUGCAAUCUGGUAAAUUUGACAACAGUUGAGCUGGGUCGAAACAAAUUUAGUGGCCCGAUUCCUCCUCAGAUAGGCAAUUGCAAGUCUCUGCAAAGGCUAGACCUUACAAAUAAUUAUUUCACGUCAGAGUUGCCUCGAGAAAUUGGUAAUUUGUCAAAACUCGUUGUCUUCAAUAUCUCAUCUAACAGACUAGGUGGAAACAUACCACUGGAAAUUUUCAAUUGUACAGUGUUGCAACGACUUGAUCUCAGCCAGAAUAGCUUUGAAGGUUCGUUGCCAAAUGAAGUUGGUAGACUGCCACAACUGGAGCUGCUAUCUUUUGCUGAUAAUAAGCUAACUGGCCAGAUACCACCCAUUCUUGGUAAACUAUCACAUUUGACAGCACUGCAGAUUGGUGGCAACCAGUUAUCUGGUGAAAUCCCAAAGGAGUUGGGCUUGCUGUCAAGCUUGCAGAUUGCCUUGAAUUUGAGCUACAACAACCUCUCUGGCAACAUUCCAUCAGAGCUUGGUAACCUUGCACUGUUGGAAAGUUUGUUUCUUAAUAACAACAAGCUGACUGGUGAAAUCCCAUCUACAUUUGCCAAUCUGUCCAGUUUGCUUGAGCUCAAUGUCUCCUACAAUUAUCUCGCUGGUGCCCUCCCGCCAAUACCACUUUUUGAUAAUAUGGCUGUGUCCUGUUUUGUUGGAAAUAAAGGACUAUGUGGUGGACAACUUGGUAGAUGUGGAUCCCAGUCAUCAUCUAGUUCCCAGUCAUCCAAUUCAGUCAGUCGCUCUUUGGGCAAGAUCAUAGCAAUUGUUGCGGCUGUCAUUGGAGGGAUUUCACUUAUUCUUAUUGCAAUAAUUGUGUACCAUAUGAGAAAACCAAUGGAGACAGUAGCACCCUUGCAAGACAAGCAACUUUUUUCAGCUGGUUCGAACAUGCAUGUUUCUCCUAAGGAUGCGUAUACAUUUCAGGAAUUGGUCACUGCUACAAAUAACUUUGAUGAGAGUUGUGUUAUUGGAAGGGGAGCUUGUGGUACGGUGUACAGAGCCAUCCUGAAGGCUGGACAGACAAUUGCAGUAAAGAAGCUUGCUUCUAACAGGGAAGGGAGCAACACGGACAACAGCUUUCGUGCAGAGAUUCUGACUCUUGGAAAGAUAAGGCAUCGUAACAUUGUGAAGCUGUACGGUUUUAUAUACCACCAAGGUUCCAACCUUCUACUCUAUGAGUACAUGUCAAGAGGCAGUCUUGGUGAGCUACUUCAUGGGCAAUCAUCAUCUUCACUUGAUUGGGAGACACGCUUCAUGAUAGCUCUUGGAGCGGCUGAAGGGCUUUCGUACUUGCAUCACGAUUGCAAGCCUCGCAUCAUCCACCGUGAUAUCAAAUCCAAUAACAUUUUACUUGAUGAGAACUUCGAAGCCCAUGUUGGUGAUUUUGGGUUGGCAAAGGUGAUCGACAUGCCAUACUCCAAGUCAAUGUCUGCAAUUGCAGGUUCAUACGGCUAUAUAGCCCCAGAAUAUGCUUAUACCAUGAAGGUUACUGAAAAAUGUGACAUAUAUAGCUAUGGAGUCGUGCUGCUGGAGCUGCUAACUGGGCGUGCACCCGUGCAACCCUUGGAACAGGGAGGUGAUCUGGUAACAUGGGUGAAAAACUACAUCAGGGACAAUUCUUUGGGUCCAGGGAUACUUGAUAAAAAUUUGGAUUUAGAAGACCAAAGCGUCGUCGAUCAUAUGAUCGAGGUCUUGAAAAUUGCCUUGUUAUGUACUAGCUUGUCUCCAUACGAGAGACCACCGAUGCGGCAUGUUGUAGUUAUGCUAAGCGAGUCUAAAGAUAGGACCAGGGUGAGCUCUGCCUCCUCACCUAAAAAGUUGGCAAUGGACGGUGACUUUCCAACAGAUUGGCGCGUCAGCCUUUCGUCACAGCUUCAGAGCACAAGCGGCGGCAUCAGUCGGCAGUCGCCGGCGGCUCAGCUGAGUGCUCGAGACCUCGAGUCCACUCCACCCACCCACGCAGCCAACUGAUCAGCGCCUCCAUCCAUCGCCAUGGCGGCGGAGGAGAAGGUAAGCCCACACGUCAUCCUCUUCCCUUUCCUGGCGCACGGCCACGUCCCCGCCUUCCUCCGCCUGGCCGGCCUCCGCGCGCGCCGUCCGGGGCUCGAUGUCACUCUCGUCUCCACCCGGGGCGUCCUCAGCUCCCUCUCCCUCCCGCCGGCGUCCCCUCCCCUGCGCCUCCACGCGCUCCCCUUCUCGCCCGCCGACCACGGCCUGCCCCCGGGCGCCGAGUCCCUCGCCGACAUCCAGGUUCACCAGUUCAUCAUCUUCUUCCAGGCCUCCGAGUCGCUCCGCCCCGCGUUCGAGGAGUUCCUCACGGGCCUCGGUUCCCGUCCCCCGGUCUGCAUCGUCUCCGACGCCUUCUUCGGGUGGACGGCCGACGUCGCGCGCGCGCGGGGCGCGCCCCACGCCGUGUUCCUCCCGGGCGGCGCGUUCGGCAACGCCGUGUUCUUCUCAGCGUGGGAGCACCUCCCGCACGCCCGCACGGUCGCCGACGAGUUCCCGCUGCAGGACUUCCCGGGCGUCGUGCUCCACCGCACGCAGAUCCCGAGGUACAUGCUCCCGGCGACGGGGGCGGACCCCGGGACGGCCUUCUUCCGGCGCGCCAUCGCCUUCUGCCUCCAGACCGACACGGUCCUCGUCAACACCGUCCGGGAACUGGAACCCUCCGACCUCGACAUGCUCCGAAGAAGCCUCGGCGUCCAGCCGUGGCCGAUCGGGCCGGUCCUCGCGGCGCCGGCCCUGUCGGACUCGCGGGGCGACGCCAGCAUCAUCCGGUGGCUGGACGCGCACCCGCCGCGCUCGGUGCUGUACAUAUCCUUCGGGUCGCAGAACAGCAUCAACGCGGAUCAGAUGAGGGAGCUCGCGCUGGGGCUGGAGGCAAGCGGCCGCCGCUUCCUCUGGGCGCUCCGGCCGCCGCUGGGGUCCGACGCGAAGGGCGCGUUCGAUCCCGAGUGGCUCCCGGCCGGCUUCGAAGAGCGAGCGGCGCGGGCGAGCGCGGGGCUGGUGGUGCGCGGGUGGGCGCCGCAGGCGCGGGUCCUGGCGCACCCGUCGACGGGCGCGUUCCUGACCCACUGCGGGUGGAACUCCGUCCUCGAGAGCCUCUCCCGCGGCGUGCCGCUGCUGGGGUGGCCGCUGGGCGCCGAGCAGUUCUUCAACGCGAAGCUCGUGGCCGAGUGGGGCGUCUGCGUGGAGGUGGCGAGGGGCAACUUGGAGAGCUCGGCGGUGGAGAAGGAGAAGGUGGCGGAGGCCGUGCGGACGGUGAUGGGUGAGAAUGCGACGGGCGAGGAGAUGAGGAGGAAGGCGGCGGCGAUCGCGCGCGCCAUGGCGGCCGCGUGGGAGGCGCCGGGCGGGUCGGCGGCGGAGAGCUUGGAAGGGUUCCUGAGGUGCGUCGAGGCGUCCGUGCGCUGAGAUGCCCCGCUUUGAGAUUGGUGCGCGCGUGGAAAGCCGUGGGCAAUUGUUGCGUCGGGUUUGGAAUUUGGAUGGACGCGUAGUCUGAAGGCACCUGACGAGGCCUGCGAGAAAUUCAGAAGGACAUCAGCAGGUUACCAUCCAAAACAAAUGUGUAAUCUCUGAUUUCUAAUUUUUCAAAAAAGGUCUCUGAUUUCUCGACUGCAAA